AUGUACGCUCACUGUUUGCGUGCCUGGGGUAAAGCACUUUUGACAACCGGUGCAUGUGUGCAUACUGUAUUGUAUUUAAUCGAUAAACCACACGGUUGCUCCUAAAUGAGUUCCCAGAUUACUUGUGUUGGAUGGGUGGGCAGAGGCGUUGCCAAGGAAACCCCAGAUAAAGUUGAGCUGAGCCAAGAGGAGCUGCAGCGCAUCAUUACUGAUGCAAAACAGGAGCUGGGGGCACUAGCAGCCGAGGAUGAUGAAGAUGAUGAUGAAGGCAUAGCUUGUGAGGAGAAUCCUGAUAGUAAUACAGCAGACGUUGCCGGAGCUCCAAAGGAUGACGAAGAAGAUGAUGAGCUUGCAGAGUAUGGCCUGGAUAGAUAUGAUGAAGAGGAUGCAGCGACCGCUAGUCUCGGCGACAGUCUGGCUGGGCUCACAGUGUUCAGCUCUAAUGAGGAGGAUCCUUACAUCACCCUCAAAGACACAGACCAAUAUGAGCGAGAGGACUUCCAAAUCAAGCCCACUGACAAUCUCAUCCUCACAGGCAGGGCAGAGAAGGACUGCUGCAAUUUAGAGAUCCAUGUUUAUAACUCCGAGGAGGACUCUCUGUAUGUUCAUCAUGAUAUUCUGCUGCCAGCUUACCCACUGUGUGUGGAGUGGCUAAACUUUGACCCCAGUCCUGGAGAAAAACCCGGAAACUAUGCUGCAGUGGGAAACAUGACUCCUCAGAUAGAUGUGUGGGACCUGGAUGUGGUGGACUGUUUGGAACCAGUCUUUUCCUUAGGGAGUAAAAAGGCGACCAAGAAGAAAAAGAAGGGCAAGAAGGGGGCAGCAGCAGAGCCUGUUGAGGGGCACGCAGAUGCAGUUCUGGAUUUAUCCUGGAACAAACUGAUCAGAAAUGUGUUGGCCAGUGGAUCAGCAGAUGACACAGUUAUCUUGUGGGAUCUUACUCAAGGCAAACCAGCCACAACUCUACACAGGCACACUGACAAGGUUCAGACUUUAUCAUUCCACCCAUUCGAAGCACAGACUCUGAUAUCAGGAUCAUAUGACAAGACAGUUGUCCUGUAUGACUGCCGCAGUCCAGACAACAGCAAUCGGACCUGGAGGUUUAGUGGGCAAGUGGAGCGGCUGACCUGGGACCACUUUUCACCGUGGAACUUCCUGGCCAGCACAGAGGAUGGAUUUGUCUACUGCCUGGAUGCACGUUCGGAUAAACCUGUUUUCACACUGAAGGCUCACGACGAAGAAGUGUCAGGUUUGGACCUCAGCAGCCAGAUCAAAGGAUGCCUGGUCACCUCAUCAUCUGACAAACAUGUUAAGAUUUGGGACAUUUUGGGCAAUAAGCCCAACCUGGUGCACUCACGGGACAUGAAAAUGGGUGUACUGUUCUGUGCGUCAUGUUGCCCUGAUCAACCCUUCGUCUAUGCCUUCGGGGGACAGAGGGAUGGCUUGCGGGUUUGGGAUAUAAGUGAUGUUGCAGCAGUGGCUGAGGUGUUUGGCAGCCGAGAGCGUUUGGUGCCUAACACGGCAUCGCAGGUCUCCAGCACUGCAGCCACAGCAGAGAUGGAAGUUUCUGAGUGACGCAUCAACAACCUGUAAACAUGAAUAAACUCUUGUUGCCGUGUUCCUCAUAGUGCAGUUGUUCACGGAAAAGGAUUGAAAUGAAUGAAGCUGCAUUGCUGCUGAAUGCAGACUGGACCUAAUAUACCUGAAAAACAUGUUCAGCUUGUCUCUUCACAGGUAACAACAACAGCUUACACACUUGUAGUUGUGUUAAAAAAUUAUGAGACAUUUUCUUAUAUUCAUAUAAGUGAAUAUUACAAAGAAUUUAUUUGGGCUUUUUAUUUCGAAGCAGUGAUUUAAAUAUUAAUUAAAUAUUAAAAAAAUAUCUUUUUUUCAGUUUGCCUUUCUUUGUAAAUUUACAAUUGUAAUAUGCUACUAAAACUAUUUUCAUAUUAUCAUUAACAUUGCAUACCUGGCUUUCCUGGUAAUUAUGAAUGCUGAAAUGAAAUAUUAAAACAAGUCUGUGUACUCACAUCUGGUCAAAGUGUUAAAGUUGUUAUAGACUCAUUAAAAUGAUGUGUAUUCAGUAAAUAAAUACAGUUCAUAAAAUGUGUAAACCUUUUGUUUGUAUUGGAAUCUGCGACCCUCAGAUGUUCUUCACCGUAAUAGUGGAUGAUGCACAGCGAACAUGAUAAUUCUGUCUAAAAUGGAUCAAACUUUAUUUCAAAUUAUUGAAGUUGCAAUUGAGUAAAGAGUGUUGCAGAUACUA